AUGCCCGAUCCAGUUGGCAGCAUGUUGCGAAAUUCCCGGAACCUCUCUUACUCACCAUGCGCUCCUCUAGCUUUGGACCGAUAUCAUCACCAUACUCGUUUACGCAUCACUAGAAAUCACAUGAGCAUCGUUAGCACCGCUAAAGUCACAAAUUCCACUUCGAACAAAAGCAGAAAAUCAAAAUCACUGAAGAAAAGGGAUACUUGUAUAUCUAAAGCUUCAUUUGCGAGAAUUUUACGAAACGUCAGCUGCAGGGAAAGAGCACCGUCAAGAAAAUUAAGAUGGAGUAAACAUGCAGAAUGGGCUUUACAAAUUGUAGCUGAAAGGUACCUGAAUGAAGUGCUUAAUAAGACAAGUCUAAUCGCACGGAUAAACAGGCGAAUAACUGUCAAAGUUUCAGACAUUACUUCGUUCUACAUAGCCACAACUAAUUGA